GGUCGAUUUGCUCUACACUAAAGGCGGUGCUCCAGCAUGGCUGCAGUCAAAUGACUGAAACAAGUAAAGAGAGAGUAUACCUGUUCACUGGGGUGAGAGAAAUAAAAUUAUGGGAACUGAAUUUUGUGACAAUAAGUGUAUAUCUAACACUCAGUUUAAGAGUUUGGGUUCUCUUAAUGACAUAAACAUCAUAUGUCUGUGCAUUCUGUGGAAAGGUAUUCUCUCAAAAGCAUUGCCUCACUACACACAAGCAUAUUCAUGCAGGAGAGAAACCAUAUAAUUGUGAUACCUGUGGUAAAUCAUUCUCUGUAGGCAGUACUUUAACUAAACUCAGGCGCAUUCAUACAGGAGAAAGGCCAUAUCACUGUGAUAUCUGUGGUAAUUUAUACUCUACAAAUACUCAACUGACUAUGCACAAACGUACUCACACGGGAGAGAAGCCAUAUCGCUGUGAUAUCUGUGGUGAAUCAUUCUCCCAGUCUGGUGUUUUACAGAAACACAAACGUAUCCAUACAGGUGAGAAGCCAUAUCAGUGUAAUAUCUGUGGUAAAUCAUUUUCUCAAAGUGGUGGCUUAACUAAGCACACACGUACUCAUACGGGAGAAAAACCAUAUCGCUGUGAUAUCUGUGGUAAAUCAUUCACUGUAUCUGCUCACGUAACUAAACACAAACGCAUUCAUACAGGAGAGAAGCCAUAUCAGUGUGAUAUUUGUGGCAAAACAUUCUCUGGAAGUAGUGACUUAACCGCUCAUAAACGUAUUCACACUGGAGAGAAACCAUAUCGGUGUGAUGUCUGUGAUAAAUCAUUCUCUCAGAGUAGUGAUUUAAAAGUACACAAACGCAUUCAUACAGGAGAGAAACCGUUUCACUGUAUUAUCUGUAAUAAAUCAUUCUCUCAAAGGCAUCAUUUAACUGAACAUAAAGACGUUCAUACUGGAGAAAAAACAUACCAUUGUGAUAUCUGUGGCAGAUCAUUCUUUCAAAAUUGUAGCUUACAUAGACACAGACGUAUUCAUACAGGAGAGAGGCUAUGCUACUGUGAUAUCUGUGGUAAAUCAUUCAUUCAGAAUAGUGAAUUAGCUAAUCACAAGCGUGUUCAUACAGGAGAGAAAUUAUAUCUCUGUGAUACUUGUGGCAAAACAUUCUCUCAGUUUAGUCAGUUAACUAUACACAAACGGGUUCACACAGGAGAGAAGCCGUAUCAUUGUGAUAUCUGCAAUAAAUCGUUCUCUCUUCAUCAUCACUUAAUUAGACACAAACGUAUUCAUACAGGAGAAAAACCUUAUCUCUGUGAUGUCUGUGGUAAAUCAUUCUCUCAUUUAAAUACCUUAACCUCUCACAAACAUAUAACACCAUAGAUUAAAGCAUUCACACAUUUGGUUAAUAUAUAACAAUGUAUGCUACUAAAUAUCACAGUAUGAACAUGAAGAUAUUCAUACAGUCUUUGGGAUAUAGUCUGAUGUUAAAAAUGCAUUUGGAGAGACAGUGAUGGUUUUAAAUUAAUGUUACUCAUAUUCAGCUGGAGUCAUGUUUUCUUGACAUGGAGAGAAACCAUGCCAAUGUGAUUCCCAUAAUAAAUCCUCUGAAAAGGCAACUUGACUACAUGUGGAUGUGUUCAUGUAGAAGAGUGACUGCAUCCACAUCAAAUUUCAACUUGUGAUAA